AAGGAAAGUAUAGUCGCGAUAACGCGCUUGGCGGAAGUAGUAUGCUGCGAGGCGGAGGCAUAAAUGAUUCAAGGAGCUUUACCAACUUCCUUUUCUCUGUGGCCGCCAUCGUGAGUGGAGCGUGUUCCCCGGCGAGCCGAAAACUAUCCUACGAAAAUGGCCUGUGCCCGACCCCUGAUCUCGGUGUACUCCGAGAAGGGAGAAUCUUCCGGCAAAAAUGUUGUCAUGCCAGCCGUGUUCAAGGCUCCAAUCCGCCCUGAUGUUGUGAACUUUGUUCACACCAACAUGCGCAAAAACAGCCGCCAGCCCUAUGCCGUCAGUGGACUGGCCGGUCACCAGACCAGCGCCGAGUCCUGGGGUACAGGAAGAGCUGUGGCCCGUAUCCCCCGUGUGAGAGGUGGUGGUACUCACCGAUCUGGACAGGGAGCUUUCGGAAAUAUGUGUCGUGGAGGUCGCAUGUUUGCCCCAACCAAGACUUGGCGCCGCUGGCACCGCAGGAUCAACACAACCCAGAAGCGCUAUGCCAUCUGCUCUGCCCUGGCUGCUACUGCUCUUCCUGCGCUUGUGAUGUCCAAAGGACAUCGCAUUGAGGAAAUCCCUGAGGUCCCACUGGUGGUGGAAGACAAAGUUGAGGGUUACAAGAAGACCAAGGAGGCUGUGCUCCUGCUGAAGAAGCUUAAAGCCUGGAAUGAUAUCAAGAAGGUCUACUCCUCUCAGCGCAUGCGUGCUGGUAAGGGUAAGAUGAGGAACCGGCGAAGGAUCCAACGCAAAGGGCCAUGCAUCAUCUACAACCAAGACGCUGGUCUCACCAAAGCCUUCAGAAAUAUCCCAGGCAUCACUCUGCAGAACGUGAACAAACUGAACCUCCUGAGACUCGCCCCUGGUGGUCACGUUGGACGCUUCUGCAUCUGGACUGAGAGCGCUUUCCGCAAGCUGGAUGAGCUGUAUGGCACCUGGCGUAAACCCGCCUCCCUUAAACUCGGCUACAACCUCCCAAUGCACAAGAUGACCAACACAGACCUAAGCAGGAUUCUGAAGAGUGAGGAGAUCCAGAAAGCACUUUGUGCACCAAACAAGAAGAUCAACCGCAGAGUUCUGAAGAAGAAUCCUCUGAAGAACUUGAGGAUAAUGCUCAAGCUGAACCCUUACGCCAAGACAGCAAGACGUAAUGCCAUCCUCAAGCACGACCCUUCGAUCAAGGCCAAGAUGCUGAAACCCAAGAAGAAGCCUGCAAGGAAGGGUGCACCUAAAAAAGUCAAGGCAUAAAUUUAUACUAAACAGGCUUGAGUAAAUAAAACAAGGAUUUCAAAUUUA